AAAAAUUUAAAAGUGUCGAAGCAUGUUAAUCGACUCUGCAGUGGUCAGAGCUCUCAAGAACUGGUGUGCACAAGGAUGGCAACGCCCGGUUUACAUCACUGCGUUGCACCAAAGGUACGAUGAGUGCUUUCUGCAAUUUUUUGUGCUGAUUCUCCCGUCUACGACUUUUGCGCGCGAAGCUGUUGCAGAGCAGGCUGUGAUGGGAUCUGCGAUGCGAGCUUUCUCUCAAGUAGAUGAGUCCUCAGAUUGCUUCUCGUCUCAGCCUGCACGAUCUCCGAUGCUCAGUUGCCGAAGGAGGCGUUCUGUGUCGCCGAAGAAGGCGAAAACCGAAGCAUGUUUCAACUCGGGAACUACAUGCAGGUUUAAUGAAGACAUCUGGAUUAGCAUAAUGUCGUUCUUGGACGUCAAAUGUCUCCUGCGUCUGGCACUUACGAACCGCCACCUUUGCGCUAUGGUGAAGGACGAUUUAAUUUGGAAAUCAGUGUUUCUUCGUGAUUUUGGAGCUCUUCCAAUCGAUUUAAGACCUGCGUUUAGCUGGAUGAGCCUGUACCUAGCAGCAUGUGAUGGAAGUCACACAUUCAGCCAUCAUGAGACUGAAAAACAUAUUGAUUGGAUGAGGAUAGGUGUGUUUAGAUUAGAAUCUGGAGAAGCUGUUGCAACUGAUAAAUUGAGGGAAAUGAGACUAGUCUCCCAGAAAAGCAACACCUCUGAAUCAGACAGCUUACUGCUCAAAGCCUUCGCAAUUUCGAAUGUUAAGAGGGGAAUAUGGAUUGCAGAUCUGCAUCUUGUGCAUUGCCCUGUUUGCAACCUCGCAUCUUGUGAAGGAACUAUGCAAACACUUGAUGCUCGGCAUUGGGAGCUUUUCUUGAAUAAGGAAUACAAGGAUCGCGAAUGGAAGUAUGAGCAAGUGUGUAUGCGUGUUGUGGCUGGUCACUGCAGCGAAGCUGCCGCUUGUAUCUUCGAUGCCAAACAACUUCGUAGCAAAGGGACACACGGUCUCCUCAAUUUGAGUAGUUGGAAUGCUCCCCCUGGGCAAUGGCAGCCUAAGGGAAUUACCUCAUCCCAUGGAGCGGCAGCAUGCACUAAUCUUCAGCCUAAUCAAGGUUUGAAAGUGAAGUUUCACACCAUGAAAGCAGGAACGGAAGGUCCGGUAGUAGGCAUUCGAAUAUGCCAGCAGCUUGCCUGACACCAGAUUUACUGAAGCACUUAUUCGCAUGAAUCAUAACAUUCCUAAAACAUCCUCAAGAUUCUGCGUUAGUAUGGGGAUUCUGUGUGCACAUUAUUCUUUCGUAUCGGUUCUUCUCGUCUUGUUUUUCUCACUAUAAUUCGAGUAGUACCAGUAAGUUUUUACGCUCGAUGGUAUGUCCAACUGCCCAGCUGUUUUUAACAGCUCCCACAUAGUGUGAGAAAGACGGAGUUUCCAAGCGUAAAUCAAAAAGCAUGGAAAGACGAUUCAAGACUUCGACCACUCAACUAAGUUCUUUACAGUCGGGGUCUAAACCCACAAUAUCUCAACGUAAUUGCAGGGAAAUGAUUCAAUCGGUAGGAUUUUAGUUAUCCUCAUAGCUUUAAACCUCAGAUCUCGAUUGUCUUGAACUUCGCUUUAAUUACCAAAGCAAGAUAGAAAUUACUGGCAA